AUGGCACACCCGAUCGAGAACCUCAACGAGUUCAGCGCCGAGGCGGCUGGAAACAUGGAGGAGAUUGAGAUGCAGUUCGCCGUCAAGACGGUCGAGCACCUGGAGGCGUACGAGAGGCUCAUCACGGGCAUUCCCCCAAGCAAGAUCAAGCUUACUUCGAUGGACGAUGACAUCGUCGAGGACCUCUACAUCCGCUUCCCAGAGUACAAGGAGAACCCGGGGCUACUGCUCCACAUCGCCGAGGACGAUUUCAAGAGCAAUGAGAACAAGGUCCGGUGGCGCGAGUUCAUCCAGGGCUACGAGGAGAGCCUGACCGAAUACAACUUUGGCACGCUCGUGCGCAAGGACUCGGACCAGACCUACUCUGAGGAGAACAGCAUGCUCGUCACGCGCGCGCAGUUUGUCGCGAUCGAGAUUGUGCGCAACCGCAACGGGCUCAACAACAAGGUGUACGAGGACGCGCAAGCCGCCAAGGCUGCUGCCAAGGCUCAGAAGUAG